AUGCACUCAAAGUUACCGACUCCUUUGGACUUUUCAACUCCCAAUUCUCCAUCAACAGAUUCAUCACCUUCCGAUUCACCAUCAAAACCUAUCUUACCGCUCGAUCAACGAAUAGCCUAUGUCGAACAUGAGCUAGCUGGCCAAUCUCCGAUUUCAUCCGCUUUUGAUCCUCCCCGAAAGUCUAAGAUUGGUCUAUUGGCUAACAUCAGAAAGAACCGUUAUGUGUUGAAUUGCGCCUUAUUUGCGAGUUUGGGUGGUAUUCUGUUUGGCUAUGAUCAAGGCGUGAUAUCUAUCAUUCUCGUUAUCCCUCCAUUUACAUCUCGUUUUCCUCGAAUUGAUCCUACCCUUGGCUCACAUACAGCAAGUUUUUGGAAAGGCUUUUUGACCGUAGCCAUCGAAUUUGGAGCCAUACUCGGUGUUGCUUUAGCUGGUUUUACGGCGGACAAAUAUGGUCGUAAACAUGCAAUAAGAAUUGGAGUGACAUUCUUCAUCUUGGGCUCCAUCAUACAAACUGCUGCCCAUGAUUAUGCCAUGCUUGUGAUCGGUCGUUUUCUCGGUGGAAUCGGCAUUGGCACAUUGUCAAUGACAGCUCCAAUGUAUAUGUGCGAAAUCAGUCCUCCUGAUAUCAGAGGUGCUUUAUUAUGUCUCGAGGAGUUCAACAUCGUCGCUGGGAUCGUCAUUGCUUUUUACAUCACUUAUGGCACCCGCUUCAUAGUUACCGAGCUGUCUUGGCGGUUACCUUUUGGCCUCCAAAUAUUACCCGCCCUCGUCAUUCUGUUUGGCCUCUAUCAACUGCCAGCUUCUCCGCGUUGGCUGGCCAAUCAAGGUCGAUAUGAGGAAAGCUUGAUUGUUAUUUCAACCCUUCGACAGCUACCAGUCGAUGAUUGUACGGUACGCAAAGAAUGGAUGGAUAUGCGUGUUGAAGCUGAAUAUCAGCGCGAGAUUCAAAAAUCUCGAUAUCAAAAUUUGGCCUCUAAACAUGCGCCAUCCCACAUGAGUGGCGACAAUGAACGUUAUGCUGAGAGCAUUGAACCAGCCCAAGUCUCAUCAGUAUGGAUGGAUAUUCGCUUUGAGUGGAUGAGAUGGGGUGAUACCUUUCGACAUGGAUGUUGGAGGCGUACCAUGGUGGGAGCAGGCCUGAUGUUUUUUCAACAAUUUGUUGGUAUCAACGCAUUAAUCUAUUACUCGCCGACAUUAUUUGCAACUCUUGGUCUGGACUUUGAAAGUCGCUUGACAAUGAGUGGAAUCAUGAAUGUUUGUCAACUUUUAGGUGUUUCAAUGUCAUUCUUGAUAAUGGAUAAAUUGGGGCGUAGACCUUUAUUAUUAGCUGGUAGUGUUGCCAUGCUGGCUUGCCAUGCUAUAGUUGCCAUCCUCGUCGGAAAAUACUCAGGAAACUGGGCUGAACAUCAACAAGCGGGUUGGGCUGGAGUUACCUUUAUCUUUAUCUAUAUGAUCUCGUUUGGAUUAAGUUGGGGCCCAGUACCCUGGGCGAUACCUUCUGAAAUCUUUCCAUCUUCACUUCGUGCCAAGGGAGUGGCAGUAAGCACAAUGUCGAAUUGGAUUAAUAACUUAAUCAUCGGCUUGAUUACCCCACCAUUGAUUGAAAGAACAAAUUCAGGAGCGUUCAUAUUCUUUGCAGCAAACUCAGCUUUAUCAUUCGUGUUUGUAUGGUUCUUUGUUCCCGAAACUGCAAAUCGAUCAUUGGAAGAUAUGGAUCAAAUCUUUGGAGACUCUAAAGGAAAUGUAGAGGAAAUGAAGAAGAGAGAGUUGUAUGAACAAAUGAUGUUGAAUGAACAGAUUAGGGAAUAA